GGUCCCAGGGGGGCUUAGUGAGGCCCAGGAAAAAGGGACGCGGCCCUAGGCGUGCGACCCUGCAGUCCCCUCCGCGCGGAGCCGUUGGAAGCGCCCGCGUCCCCUCUUCUGCCAAGGACGUGGGGUCCUGCCGAGCCCUUGGAACGCCCGGAACCUCACUUCGCGCUGACUGUGGGCCUUGUACCCCGUGAACGAAAACGCCCCCGCCUCCUUUUGUCUCUCUCACGGGGCCUCUGCCUAAGAGUAGCUCUGCCUGGACCCACUAAAUUGCAGCUUCUCCUGAACAGCUCUCCAUCCUUUCCUCAGCUUUCUUAGAAACUAUGCUCUGAUUCCUUAAAAACCGAUGAGACCUGCAGACUUAAGUGUUCGGCCUGGUGUGCAUUUGAUUUGGGUUACCUGUACCCUGACCUGCCUUGCUCUGCGUAUAAUGACAGCAUUUUUUCCAAAGAAUUCAGCACAGCCUUUCGGGGUUGAGCAGGUUCCUGUAGUUCCAAGUGUACUUCUGCCCCAGUCUGUCCCGAUUCGAUGCAGACAAGUCAGCCAGGAGGACUUAUUUUAAUAAGCGCAGUUCCAAACCCAGGAUAAUGGGAGUAUGUGGCAUGCAUCCUGACCAUCAGGAAACUCUGAAAAGGAACCGAGUGGUGCUGGCCAAGCAGCUGUUGCUGAGCGAACUGUUAGAACAUCUCCUGGAGAAGGACAUCAUUACUUUGGAAAUGAGAGAGCUCAUCCAGGCCAAAGUGGGCAGUUUCAGCCAGAAUGUGGAACUCCUCAACUUGUUGCCCAAGAGGGGUCCUGAGGCUUUUGAUGCUUUCUGUGUGGCGCUGAGGGAGACCAAGCAGGGUCACCUAGAGGAUAUGUUGCUCACAACUCUCUCUGGUCUUCAGCAUAUGCUGCCAUCGUUGAGCUGUGACUAUGACAUGCGUCUCCCUUUCCCAGUGUGUGAGUCCUGUUCUCCUCACAAGCAGCUCCGCCUUUCAGCAGAUGUAGUGGAACACUCCCUAGAUAAUGGAGACGGUCCUCCCUGCCUCCAGGUGAAGCCUUGCACUGCCGAGUUUUAUGAAACACACCACCAGCAAGCCUAUAGGCUGCAGUCCCGGCCUCGAGGCCUGGCACUGGUGCUGAGCAAUGUGCACUUCACCGGAGAAAAAGACCUGGAAUUGCGCUCUGGAGGGGAGGUGGACCAGAGCACUCUAGUCGCCCUCUUCAAGCUUCUGGGCUAUGAAGUCCAUGUCCUUCACGACCAGACUACACAGGAAAUGCAAGAGAAACUCCAAAGUUUUGCACAGUUACCUGCACACCGGGUCACAGACUCCUGCAUCGUGGUGAUCCUCUCGCAUGGUGUGGAGGGCAGUGUCUACGGUGUGGAUGGCAAACUGCUCCAGCUCCAAGAGGUUUUUCGGCUUUUUGACAAUGCCAACUGCCCAAGCCUACAGAACAAGCCAAAGAUGUUCUUCAUCCAGGCCUGCCGUGGAGAUGAGACUGACCGUGGGGUUGACCAGCUAGAUGGAAAAAACCACCCAAGCUCCCCUGGGUGCGAGGAGAGUGACGCUGGUAAAGAGGAGUUGCUGAAGAUGAGAUUGCCCACCCGGUCGGACAUGAUAUGUGGCUAUGCCUGCCUGAAAGGAACUGCUGCCAUGCGCAACACCAAACGGGGCUCCUGGUACAUUGAGGCACUCGCUCAAGUUUUCUCUGAGAGAGCUUGUGACAUGCAUGUGGCCGACAUGUUGGUUAAGGUGAACGCCCUUAUCAAGGAGCGUGAGGGCUAUGCCCCUGGCACAGAGUUUCACCGAUGCAAGGAGAUGUCGGAGUACUGUAGCACUCUGUGCCGUCCACUCUAUCUGUUCCCAGGAUACUCUCCCACGUGAUGCCACCUCCCUGUCAUCCAUGUUGUUGGAGGCCCCUGGACCGGCAGAGGAUGCUAGAGCCUUUUCUCUUCAGGACACGUGGUUUCUGUUCUGCCCCCUCAGGGAUAUGGGACUCUCCCAGGUGUGUUUCCUGUGCCUGUCAUCUCCAGCUAUGUGAAUGGGACUCCAGACCAGCUCCUCCUAUGUGGAGCUCUUGCCGGCUAUGGCUGGACUCAUUGCCAGGAGUGUUUCAGCUUUGGUCAAAGAGCCUGACAAGUGGUGUUUUGAACACAGUAUCGUCAAGGAGAGAGGGCAUGGGGGUUCCCUAGUGUCUGUGUUACUUCUGGCCUCAGGGCUUUUGUAGGGAGCACUUUGGUCAUCACUUGUAUUACAUUAGAUCACCUCCUAUCUGUUCUCUCUCUCAUUUCCCUGGCCCCGUUUGUCCCAGAGUGACAGUUUGGAAGGUGUCUCAAUUUAAUAUAGACAUUUCCGUUUGGCUUUGAAGAGGCAAGCCUGACUAAGAUGCACCCUGCUGUCAUAAGCAGAAGUGCCUGUGAUUCCUUCAGGACUGCCAGCCCUGGGGAAAAACCUCCACCCUCAGCUCCUUUGGGCUCUAGGGACCCAGCCUCUCAGCAGAGAUGCGGUCUGCAUGCCUCGACCCAGAAGUCUUAAAGGGCUUCCUCAGUCACUCUCUGAGCUUUUCCUGAAAGGAGUCUUGUGGGCGCUGUUGGCAGAAAGCCAAGAAGGACAUGCCUCCUCACUCUGACCUUUCUCCUUCCUGCAAGGUCUCCCUUUUUCCUUACUUUUCUCACCUCCAUGCAAUCAAACUUCACCUCGUAUCUGAAUUUCUAGAAAAGCUUCACAGUUGUUACCACCCUGCUUCUGGUCUCUCUCCCCUUUAUCUUCAUUUCACCCUGUGCAUUUCUGCCACCAAGCCUGUCUGAAAUACACCUGCACUGGGUCAUUUUUCCACUCAAGAGUAUAAUGUACUACUUUGUUCCUGCCUUCUGCUUCAGAAUCAAACUUCUUUGAUUUUAUGUGGUCGUAACUCCUGUAUCUCUGCUUCAGUGAAACUUUGCUAUUCUUUAAAGUCAUUCUUGCCCCCUCCAGUCUACUCUUUACAUAACCAUUUUCGGCUUUUAAAUAUAAAUGUCAUUCUCCUGCUUGGAUCUCUGGGCUUCCCUCUUUACCUACUAUAAAAUGCAAAAUCAUUGCCCUGGUUCAUGAGAUCUGGCUUUGCCUUCCCCUUCAAUCCUACUAACUGGUGAUUUCUGGUUAUGUUCCAGCCCCCGUGGCCUCUACUCAAGUCUCUUUGACAUUUUGAGGUCUUCAUUCUCACUGCCUUUGGCUGGAGAAGCAUCUUAUUCUUUGUCUUGUGGAGCCCUUCCAGGCCAUUCUGUCUCUGAACAGUCUCCUCCCUUUAUUACUGCAUCCUGGUUAAUUCCUUGAUUGCACUUAGGUGAUUUGUAAUUACAUAUUUGUCUAUUUUACUUACUCAGUUUUUCUCCCCCUACUAGGCUACAGGCUUUAAGAGGGCAGAAACCUGGCUCUCUUGCCAGUAUGUACUAGUACCUGACACUUAAUGUUCCUCCAUAAAUGUUUGUUUAUAAAAGGAAGAAAGAAACAGCCAACCAUAGGUAGACUCCUUUUUGAUAAAAUUUCCCAUUUGACAAUUAUGUAUAGAGUUUAGUAUUUGUACUCUUAGGUUUUUCCAUGUGUUUUGUUUUUAUCCACUGGUAUUUUUAGCUCCUUGAAGAAGUGUCACAUGUGAGACAACUUCCGUCACAUCUCUCAUAGUGCCUAGCAAAAGUGCUAGGUCUGUAGCAGUCAAGGUGCUUGAUAAAUGUUUAUUCUGUGAGCCAGAUGGUUUGGGGACUUAGUGUCAAGUCCUUCCUUUUGCUCAUAUAGGAUGGGUGUAUUUUAGUGAUACAACUUUUCCACUUUCCACUGCCAAGAUUUUUUUGUAUCAGGUGCCAAAUAAAUGUUCAUAUUUGCUACUGGG